CAGAAUCUCCACUCUUGGAUUGUAAUGAUUUGAGAGUUUUUCCUCUUAUCAUUUCACCUUGUGAGAAUUAAGUUUUCCUCUGCCUCUACCUUCUCAGAGCAGAAAUCUUCUAACGCUCAUCAUCAGGAACAACAACAUUGUUUUAGCCCCUUCUUAUCUCCCAGCUCCCAAAUAUCCUGUUUCUUAGAGUUGCGCUGGCCAGAACCAAUAGAAGCCUCUUCCUGCUAUUGGCUGAAUUCACUUCCCAACGUUAGCACAAUCUCAUCCGCUCCAAACAACGCUUAGUAGAACUCCAACUUGCCCACUGGCUAGAAAAAAAAGACAAAAAAAUCAGAAUAACAGUCGCAUAUGUAAAACAGGACUAAAAAGUCCUGAUCAAGAAUGGCAAGCACUAUAAAGGAAGCAUUGUCAGUGGUGAGUGAAGAUCAGUCGUUGUUCGAGUGUGCCUACGGACAGUCACAUCAUCCCAAGACAGACAUGACAGCAUCUUCUGCCAGUGAGUACGGCCAGACAGCCAAGAUCAGUCCCAGUGUCCACCCGCAAGACUGGCUGACCCAGCCGCUGGCGAGAGGCUCCAUCAAGAUGGAAUGUAACUCCAGCCAGGUCAACGGCUCCAGGUCUUCUCCAGAUGACUGCAGUGUGGGGAAGGGGCCUAAGCCCAGCGCUGGGAGUGACGGUGUGCCAGUGACCUACGGCAGCUACAUAGAGGACAAGCACAUCCCUCCCCCGAACAUGACCACCAACGAGCGUCGGGUCAUUGUGCCUGCAGACCCCAGCCUGUGGACGGCGGAGCACGUGCGUCAGUGGCUGGAGUGGGCAGUGAAAGAGUACACCCUGCUGGAAGUGGACAUAUCCGUGUUCCAAAGCGUCGAUGGCAAGGAGCUUUGCAAGAUGACCAAGGAGGACUUCCAGAGGCUGACCCCGAGCUACAGCGCCGAGAUCCUGUUGUCACAUCUCCACUACCUCAGAGAGACUCCACUUCCUCACUUGACUUCAGAUGAUGUUGACAAAGCCUUACAAAACUCCCCGCGACUAAUGCAUGCCCGCAACACAGGAGGUGCAAGCUUCAUUUUUCCAAAUUCUCAAGUCUAUUCUGCCGACACUACCCCAAGACUUCCUGCCAGGCCAGACUUGGCCUAUGAGGUGGCGAGACGAUCAGUUUGGCCCUCCCAACCGACAUCUACCUCCAAAAGCUCUCCAAACCCAUCAGCCAUUGUGACAAAAGCUGAGGACCAGAGACCUCAACUAGACCCGUAUCAAAUUUUAGGACCCACGAGCAGCAGGCUUGCAAAUCCAGGCUCUGGGCAAAUCCAACUCUGGCAGUUUCUGCUGGAGCUGCUGUCAGAUAGUUCGAACUCAAACUGCAUCACUUGGGAGGGCACCAACGGAGAGUUCAAAAUGACCGACCCCGACGAGGUGGCUCGACGCUGGGGGGAGCGUAAGAGCAAACCCAACAUGAACUAUGACAAGCUGAGCCGUGCCCUGCGCUACUACUAUGACAAGAACAUUAUGACCAAGGUGCACGGCAAGCGCUACGCCUACAAGUUUGACUUCCAUGGCAUUGCCCAGGCCCUGCAGCCUCACCCUCCAGAGUCCUCCAUGUACAAGUACCCCUCAGACCUGUCCUACAUGAGCGCUUAUCACGCACACCAGCAGAAGAUGAACUUUGUCUCGCCACACCACCCUCAAGCAUUGCCUGUUACCUCGUCAGGUUUCUUUGCCUCCCCUAACCCUUACUGGAGCUCUCCAGCAGGGGCGAUCUAUCCCAACACUCGACAUCCUGCCUCUCACAUGCCCUCCCAUCUUGGCUCUUACUAUUAGCAGGUGCUGGGCACCACACUGGAGGAUAUCAUGGGGCAAAACAGGAAAGAAACAAACGGCCCUCUGGGUAAUGUAGUCAAGCAUGUGAAUAUGUAUGAUAUAUAUAUAUGGACACAAAUGGAGUGAAAUGAAGGUAAAUUGCACAGUAAAAACUAAAAGUGAGAGUUAGAUUUUUAAUAGUUAGGCCAUCAGAAGAAGGGACAUCAAAUAUUUUGCCAAGAAAUUUCAUUUUGGAAAAUAUUACGCGAGGACAACAACAAAGGAUGUGAACCAUGCAAGGUGCUGGAUGUCAGUAUGAAUGUGGAUGCUUCCUGACAGUUUAACAUUGCAUUUAACACUGCAUUGUUCAUGAAAAUGCCAGUGUAUUUACAAAGAGGAUAAAUAAUAGCUGCAUGAACAGUUACACAGUAUUAUAUAGUUGUAGUAUUACACUACCUUAUUUAAGUUAUUGGGAAAUGCAGAAAAGUGAGGUUUGUUUGGAGUGAAGUGAGUGCUCCUCUAUAUGUGGAGAGGGAUAGAGAGUAAACUGUGAAACAAUCAUUGCAGGAUUUGUCAGAAGGUUAGUGUGAGUCGGAGAGUCAUGGAAACACGGAAGAGGUGCAGAAAAGACGAGGGAAAUGGUGGAACAGACAGAAAGUUGGAGAACAUGUGAAUUUAAGUGUUAUUCCUUUGAACAGCCAUAUAUUUAUCAGUAUUAUGCUAUGUUGCAGUUCAUGCAGUUCAAAAGCAUGUUGAAAGUAAAGGGCGGUGUAUGUGAUUGUCCAUCUAAAUGGGUAUGCCUUGAAAUGUUGUAUUCAGUGUUGUGACAAAGAACUGGACUUUGGAAGCUUUAUGUAAUGCUAUGCAUGACCUCCAUUCUCUGUCUCUUGGGAGUGGGGCGGGGCGGGGGUUGGGUUUGACUUCUUUGGUCAGUGCCUUAAUAGACGUAACUCAACAUACAACUAAAGAGAUUUACAAAAGCACCCAUUUUGUAUUAUUAUUAUUAUUAUUAUUAUUGUUAUUCUGAGUCGCGAACGCUGUGCGUUUGUUAGUUUCAAGUAUGCAAUUAAGUGUUAUAAUCCUUUUUUAUUUUAGAUAUAUAACUUAUGCAUUUAACACUAUGAGUUGAUCUCAACUAGCCACGGACAGUGAAUUUUGUAAUAAAUACUGAAAAGAUAUUGAAACUGACCAAAGUUGGCUUAAUAGUCAUGGCCUUUGAACUCUGAACUUGAACUUGAAGUUCUAUAUGCAAGUGUUUACACAAACGUUCAUAUACAUACUAAUAUAAAACUAUUUGUAACUCAUGAAGACACCUGGCAUGUCAUUUCUGACCUGCUCAGCAUCACAGUUUAUUUUAUGUGUUAUAAAAAUACAAAUGCUAUGUUAAAGCAUCAUAUCUAAAAACCCAGUAAGUUCAAAGGUUGGACAGAAAUACUGAGAUUUACAAAGGGAAGAAAACAUAUGGAUAAAUUAUAUGAUUUUUAUAUUGUCAUUCCAAAUAAACAAUAUUUAAAGCCAA